AGUCCGGUUUCAGCCGUUGCAUAGUGAGUAUUGUUUGGAAGCGAAAGCAUUUACGAAAUUCAUACCGUUUGUUGAAUAUUAUUUCACUGGCAUAACCAAUCAUUUUUCUUCGCCAAGAAAAGAAGAAGCAAAGUAUCCGGAGCAAAUCUAAACGGAGCGCAAAAACUAGUGAUUUAGUUUUUUAUGUUUAAAUAACAACGUUUUUUUAAGAGAGAGAGAAAGAAAUUUCCAUUGAACGGGAAACGAUUCAUUUUUAACAACAACUUGUGAAAAUGCUAACACGGAUCGUUUAACAUCGAUUUUUUUUUCUGUUGGUAAACGAAAGAUACGGAAAUCAUCUAAGGGAUUUUGUUUGAAUACAUGUUAGUGAAACGAAUCAACUCAAAAUUGAGAAACUAAAGCAAAGGGAACUUCGUUUAAUCGUUUCCAUUACCAGUAGCGUGUAGCCAAGUAGAAGAGAAAAAAAGCAAACAUCAAUUCUCGUAAUUAAUCCGACAAAAAUCCAUUGUGGUUGUGAGAUACGACGUCGUGUGUUUUUUUUUUAAAUUUGGAUUUCAUCUAAGUGCUACGAAAUACGACAAAGAACCAAAAACCCUUUGUCCCGAGAGAACAUCUACUACAAUCGAUGUGUUUUCUUCUGUGAAUAUAUCAUUCGAUGUUCUAUAGUGUGUUUUUUUAGUGUAGCGCGUCUUGGCUGAAAAUCGCACCAGUUACAAAGAGCAAGGAACAACGCGAAAACGGAUAAAACAGAGACAGAGAGUAAGAAUUGUAAGCCGACGAAGGAAUUGAAGAAAACAAAACGCAUAGAAGAACACAAAACAAAAACGACAGAGAGAAAAGAAAACGUUCGUAUAGCACAGAAAUACGGUGUUGAAAAGGAAAAGAGAGAGAGAGAGAGAGGAAGAAUCGACAACAAGCUAAAAGACGAAAACUAUUGCAAUUCAUUGUUCCAACGCAGAGAAAAGAUCAUUUGUCGAACACGAACGUAUACACAGUGUUUAAAGUGAAGAAGAAGAGAAAUAAAACCAUAAAAUAAAAUCGAAGUAAAAAUUUUCCUACAUUUGAAACAACAUCACACUGAAGAAGAGACUUUGUGUUGUUCAUUUUUUCUUUCGUUUGAAUUGAGAUAUAAUUCACAUGUGGUGCAUCCAUCAAAUACAUUCCUGAACAUAAAUCGAAUCGAAAAUUUUUCUCGUUUUUUUUCUAUGUUCGUUGAGAUUUGUACUUGUCUCUGCCUCUCUAUUGCUGCAUGCAAACUUCAUACUCUGCGAGACAAAAUAUCGCUCACAUUCAACGCAACAGCAGUGUUUGUUAAAUUAUUGUGAAUUUCCAUUUGCUUGUGUUUGCCAAAGUUAUUCUCGUGAUUAUAAAUUGUCAUAAACCACGUGCAAACAAAACCGAAAGUAUCGACCGAGUUUGAACAAAGUAACAACAAUUCUAGCAAGUGUACGUCAUAAUUUUUGAUCGAAAAUUAAAUUCAAUUACAGAAAAGAAGGGAAAAAAAGAGAAGAAAAAGUUAAAAAAAAAUAACUUGAGUGGAAAUUCCAUUGUUUAUCCCAACUGAAACGAGCGACCAGUGAUUAAAUUCAAAUUCGGUGUUAUAAAGCGAAUUAGAAUCGAAACGUUUUCAAUUAAAUUUUGCUGAAGCAAAAACGUGUUUCGUGUUCAAAUCAGGAGAAAAAAAUUCAUUUCUGAAACACGAAAUAGACGAAGCAAUCGAGAGAACAACAACAAAAAAUACACAACACACACAGCAAGCGAUACAAUAAUCAUCAUUUGGGAGUCAGAGCAGGACAAAGCGAUAAAAAUGUUGUUUGAAAAUCCAGCCGUAGCGGCAAAAUUGCCAUUUCCGUACACAGUGCCACCACCGAUGCAGGCGGCCAACGCAGUUCCAAAUCUAAGCGCCACCAUUGAGAAUGGCACACUGAUCUCACACGAUUUGCAUAAUGCAUUGGCAGUUAUGAAAACUGAGCAGAUAAUGCCACAGCAACAACAGCCACAGAAUGCAGCCAUUGCUGUUGCCUCAACAGCCACCACAACAGCCAUAAACAAUGGGACAACUGCAUCACAUUCAGGUUCAUCGGGUCGAUCGACACCAAACAACACAGAUUCAGCACCCGGAAAGUUAUUCGUGGGCGGUCUAAGCUGGCAAACAUCGGCCGAUAAAUUGAAAGAGUAUUUCGGAAUGUUCGGCAAUGUUACAGACGUUUUAAUCAUGAAAGAUCCAGUUACACAGAGAAGCCGUGGUUUCGGUUUCAUUACAUUCUCAGAGCCUAGUAGCGUAGAAAAUGUUCUCAAAGUGCCAAUUCACACAUUAGAUGGAAAGAAAAUCGAUCCAAAGCAUGCAACACCAAAAAAUCGACCGAAACAAUCGAACAAAACGAAGAAAAUUUUCGUUGGUGGCGUCAGCCAAGACACAUCAUCCGAUGAGGUGAAAGCCUACUUCAAUCAAUUUGGUAAAGUUGAAGAGACUGUGAUGCUAAUGGAUCAACAAACAAAACGGCAUCGUGGUUUCGGUUUUGUCACAUUCGAAAAUGAGGACGUUGUUGAUCGCGUGUGCGAAAUCCAUUUCCAUACCAUUAAGAACAAGAAGGUCGAAUGCAAGAAAGCCCAACCGAAAGAGUCAGUCGCACCGACCGCACAGUUGUUGCAAAAGCGAUUCAUGUUGGGUGGUUUGGGUGUACGAAUGGGAGUGGUGCCACCAACUCAAUUGACCGGUCCCGUUGCCGCCGCCAGUGCGAUCAAUCCAACUCAACUGCAAGUAGUACAAGCUCAGGCACAGGCCGCUCAGGUUGCCGCUGUUGCUUUGCAGGCCCAGCAAAAUGCCGCUGCCGCCAGCUUUGGUAAAAUGUUCACCGCGUAUCCACCGUUACAUAGUUUUAGAUAUGCACCAUAUCCAAUGCCAACGGGAGCUGCCUCUGCCGCGCAAGCACAUCAACAUCCACAUGCUGCUGCCACAUCGGCAGCGGCAGUAGCACCGCAAACAGCUCAUGUUCAAACCCAUCAACAUCAACAUCAUCAACAUCAACAUCAACCUCAACAAACUCAUCAACCGCCUGGCCAUCUUGCCACGGCACAAGCAGCCACCGCUGUCGCUCAGCCAUUCCCCUAUGGCAUACCAAAUGUGGACAUGAGCAGUUUCCAAAAUGUCGAUUGGUCAAACAUCUACGGAAUGUAUGUCUAAAUACAAAAACAACAACAACAAAACACACACGAUCGAUCGAACAAACGAAUGAAAGCACUCGCAAAUAAUGUGAUCGGAUCCCGAGUGUGAUAAACAUAGAUUAACAUAGGCGGUAGUAUUUUUUUUCUCGAGUGAACAGAGUGAUGAAUUGCCCGAAUAAAGCAAAAGAUAAAAACACAUACACACACACCAGACAAAUUAAGGGAAAAAAAUGCAAAAAAAAAAUCAUUCAAUCUUUAAUACUUUCAUUACGAAUGCCAUCAGAUGCGGGCAGCUACACAAAUUUAAUGUUUUAGAUAGAGAUAUAAGUAAGACACAAAGCAAAGAACACAACAAAAAAGCAACAGAGAUCCAGAAAAAUUGUCCUAACCGAGUCGAGGGUAUGCGUGCCAAAUGAAAACUAAAUCACAGCACACGCGAAUUAUUCAUGGAUCAACACAUAACACAAUGCGUGUUAGGUUUUUAAAAAAAAUAAAAGACACACAGAGAGACCAAACAGCGGGAUAAACAACGAAUCAAACGAAGUGGAAACUAGGCAGCGUAUUUAUCACACAUGCAAAUUGUGCCAUCAAAAUCAAAGUGGGAGAAGAAAAAAAACCAUAAUUUGAUCGCUGACAUUGAAGUUCGGCUCAAGCAAACACACUAUCCGAGAGUGAGAGACAGAGAGAAGAACCUGAAAUAAGUAACCCAAUUUUUAUUUAAUUCAUCUAUUCUGAACAAAAAUUCCUGUUCAUUCAUAUAUGAACAUAAUUUUUUUUCCGUACUUAUUACUCUGUUCGUAUGUGUUUAUUUUUUACUUUGGAUUUUAUUUGGUUUGUUCAAAAUUUUAUCGAAUUUUAGAUUAGAGUAACAAUUUCGAGAAGAAAAACAACACCAGCCCCAUUUGAUUGAAUUCGGUCUGAUCGUAUCAGGUUAUUCAUUAACCGUAUCAGUGAAUAAAUCUAUAUUAGAGAGAUGGUCUCAUUUUAUUUUAUAGUAAAUAUAAUACUGAAACCAAUAUAGCCCAACAAUAACCCAAUUUUUUUUUAUUCGAAAAGAAUAUAUCGACUCCUAACAUGUAUCCAUUCACAAAGUAAAUGUGUGUAUUUUACAACAUCUGUACAUUGCGAUUCUGUAGACCUAUACGUAUAUGUAUACCAUAUAUAUAUCGAAACAGUGACAAAAUUCUUGGUCAAAAUUGGCAGUUGAACUAUACGCAUUGAUAUUAAACAACCGCCAAAUUUAGUUGAAUUUUGAUUUUAGGAUUUCUGUUUUUUUAGUUUAUUGAUACGGUUGCAAAAAAUGCACUAAACAAAGAGAAAAAAGUACGUAGCCGGAAUCCAGAAUUAUUUACUACUCACACAAUAUUUAGAUGAAUUUUCAAAAACAUCAAAGAAAAAAUUAUUUAAAAUUCAUAUCACUAACCACCACGGAACAGUUAGUCAAUUAUAAUCUAUUUUAAAAAAAAGUUCGAAUUUUCCCUUAUUCUGUUGUGUAAGUCCAUUCACUAUAUCACCUGAAGGGGAUGUAAAUAGUAUUUACAAAAUUGUCAUUCGAAAGAACAAAAAAAAAUGAUUAUUUUCCGUAAAAAAAAAAUGUAAGUGACAAUAAUACCAACAGACCAUUAGCUAUGCAGUAACUUAGAAUGCGUAGGCCAUUGACCAGGAGAAUGGAGAUCUUGAAAUGAAACCUAAACUCAAUAAUACGGCUAUCAUUUCGAUUUUAUCAUCUUUACUUUCAGUACUAGUGGCUUUUUUUGUUUUCUUGACAAAAUUCAUCUUCUAUACAUAUAUAGUAGUCUCGAAUGGUAUUUUACUCAACAACAACAAAUGUAUCGUUUGCUAAUACUUUUUCUUCUAUUGUGAUAAAUGCAAAUUCUUUUCUACUGUGCUCUUAUCGUCCCUCAUAGACGUAAACGAGAUAAUUUUGUUUCUAUUAACCUAGCUGCGCUGAUCACGUGUUCAAUAUUUUGGUCGGCCAACAAAACAGACAGUCUCUUGUUAGUGUCUGUGCACGCGAUAGAUGUGUUGAUUUGUAAAACCGCUUAGAAUCCCGUUUUUUUGUCUUACUACUAACCGCCUGAAUCAAUAUUUCUGGUUUUCUGGUUGAACAAAAAAAAGAGAAACAAGUUUAAUUGAUUAAUAUUACAUGUCAAUGUAAAAUGUACGUUAAAUACACAAACAUAAGCCCACAAAACACCACAAAAGAAA